AAACUAAAACUAAAAAAAAGCUCUUUCAUUCUCUCUCUCCCUCUUAAGAAAGCAAAAGAAAAGCUUACCUCAUUCUCUCUGCUUCCCAAUGCUGCAAACACAGCCAUAAAACGAAGUGAAAAAUUAAACAAAGCUCUUUCAUUUUGAUUUCAUUCAUUACCCUUCACGUUCUUUCUCUUUCUCUCUCUCUCUGUUAACCCCACUAUAAAACCCAUCAAAACCCUAAACAAACCAGACCCAUCUCUCUAAUCUCUCUCCCUCUCUCUCUCUCUCUCUCUCUCUGUGUCUGUCUUACAACCAUGGAUGCUCUGAACUUCCUCAAGUUCUGGAGGCCCACCACCAUCAACCCCUUAACAACUAAUGGAGCUCCAAAUCCUCUAGUUAAAAAAGGGGAUGAAUUUGAAGAAGAGGAAGAAGAAGACUCUUUCUUCGACUUGGAGCUCCUUGUUUCUGAUAUAGACAUAAAUAAAAACAAAACCAACGCCGACCCAGAAACCAACACUGACAAAGAAAACAAAACCAGGCUUGAUUCCAACCAAAACAAUCUGUCGAAAAAAGCAGUCCUCAAUUUCUCAGACCCAACCCUUUCUCUGUCUCCUAAUGAUUCUAUAUCAAGAAGAAAAAUUCUCCCAAUUGAGCCCAACUCCAAGCCUCAGUCCCCCAUUUCUUUGCUAAAAUCAGCUCCAAGCUUCCAAGUCCUCAAGUUCAAGAAGCCAAGGUCAAAGUCAAAGUCAAUGGCAGCACUACUAGAAACAGAGAGAAGAGAGUCCAAAACCAUUUCCAUGGACACCCACCAAAAACAGCUGAGAAAGCAAGAAAGCAAAGCUGCCACUUUGAAAUUCAAAGUUGAAGAAGAAGACCCAAACAACUCACUACUCACCAGAGCAUAUAGUUCGAGAAAAAACGAAAGCAAACUACAAAGCCACCAAUCUUCAGAGGACUCAAAAACAGAGCGAUUCUCAAAGGAUUUGAUGCAAAAAUACUUGAACCUAAUUAAGCCAUUAUACGACAAGGUCUCAAAAAGGUACAGCGAUAAGAUUAAGCUCUCUGAUGAGUUAUCGGUUGGUUCACCGGCUUCGUCUCCGGCGACAAUGGCGGUGCCAAAGAAGGAAAAGCAGGGGAAUAUUCCGGCGGGGAUCAGAGUGGUUUGUAAGCACUUGGGUAAGAGCAAAUCUUCAUCGGCUAUUGGAGCAGUACCAGUUGUCAAUAGGAGAGAUGAUUCGUUGUUGCAACAGCAUGAUGGAAUUCAAAGCGCCAUUCUUCAUUGCAAGAGAUCCUUCAAUGGUUCCAGAGAAUCUUCUUCCUUGUCGCGUUCUAUUACUUUGCAUGAAAAAGCAAGCACUUCAUAUUCGAGAGAUUCUUCUCAAUUGUGGAGAUCUGCAAGCGAUCCUUCUGACGAGAAAUUAAUCAGGAAUUGCAUUGAGGAAGGGAUUUGAGAGAGGAAAAUGUUUUUCCAUGAAACUGAAAGCUAUAGGAGGAAUCUGAACAGGGGACUUGUUUGUUCCUCUGUUUUUGUGUUUUGUUGUAAAAAAGAAAGAAGCAAUAGCAGUGGAUAGGGUAGAAGUUUUGUUGUUUAGGUGAUAGCUAUGAUGACCAGUGGGUGCACUCACUUGGCGUUGUCUGUGACUGUAAAGAAAUGGGUCAUUAUGAACAGAUUGAAAAGAAUAGAGAUUUGGGAUCUUCUUUGUGCGUC